GCUGCUGUGUUUAGUGCUGUAUAGUCCUGUGUGUUUUGCAAACGAUGAUCUCUGGAUGACUGCAAUAUAGAACAGUAACAUUUUUCAUUGUCUGUAACGAAAAUCAGUUGCCUGUCUGGGAGAAAAAGAGACAGAAUAAGGUUGGGGACAUUGGAGGUAUUUUCUGGAGGAAGAAAACCGAUUCUAUCAUGGCAGCAGAGAUACCACAAUCAAGACAGUCAACUGACAGUGUUUACGGUAAACCGACACUGACAUUAGGAACCGCCAAGGAAAUUGUUAACACACGUUAUUGUUUAGAGAUUGACGUCAUAAAAGAACUGUCAGGUUCCGUUGACCAGAAUUUCUAUGUAUCAUCUAGUGUUGGAGCACAGACUACAGAGUUUGUUCUAAAAAUAAUAAAUUUAAAAGAAUCUAAGUGUGAAGAGUUACUGAUGGGACGUAUUGAAAUAAUGUGUUGCCUAAAUAAUGACAAUAUCAAUUGCCCUGUGCCUGUCAAGCUCUCUGAUGGUAAUUACAUCACGUGGUAUGGCACGAAAGAAAUUUCAUCAUAUUGGUUUUGAAAAUGACGAUUCUAUUUGGAAGCCACACUGCAUGAAUGCCAUUCAAGAAUUGAUGCAUAUAAUUGAGCUAGAAGAACGGAAGACAAUGGUUGAAUGUGUUAUACGCAUGUUCAACAGUAAAGUGUCACCACAUCUAAAGAAGUUGAAGA